UAAGUGAAUCUAGUUCUUUGAAAAGACUCCACAGUUCUUGACUUGCCACCAGCUGACUUGUGAGAUCCUCCCACUUCGACACAGCCAGCUGAGCUUCCUCCGAUCACAGUAGUACUAAACUCGCGCUUCACCGCCUAUCGCUUUAACACCAGUGUGGUGGGCGCCAGACCAUGGAUUUUGAGACAAAAAUUUACCCACAAAUCGGAGGCUAUGGACGAUACAAUCGCAUGGUGACUAUAUUCAGCUGGUUCCCAAACUUUGCGGUGACACUGAACCUCUUCUGUGACGUUUUUUACACUUUAAUUCCCGAGUCUUACCACUGUAAACCAGACCCCAGCCUUUUACCGUGGGGAUUUCUUCCCAGCAACUUCUCCAAACAAGCCUACCUCAACUUCACCAUUCCCUGGGACGAGGAAUCGGGCGGACUGAGCCACUGUGAGCUGUACAGGUACUCGAACAGUAGCAAUGUCACGGACAACAUACCAAGAGAAAAAGUUCCCUGCACGAAAGGAUGGGAAUAUGCGAAACCAGCUGGACUUGACGGCAAUUUCGUGACAGAGUGGAACCUUGUGUGUGGAAACUACUGGAGGAUUCCUCUUCAGCAUAUCUGCUUCAUGCUGGGCUGGAUCCUGGGCUACAUUCUUCUGGGCACCAUCUGUGACUGGCUGGGUCGGCGGCGUGCGCUGCUGAUGUCCGUGUCCCUCUCGGGGCUGCUGGGAGUGGCGGUGUGCGUCUCCAACAGCCCAGUGGCCUUCCUGCUCCUCAGACUGUCCCAGGGGGCCAUGCUGGCCGGGGUCUUCCUCUCAUCAUACAUAGCCCGUCUGGAGUUGUGUGACCCGCCCCAUCGGCUGAUGGUGUCCAUGGUCAGCGUGUUCUUCGCGGUGUUUGCCGAGCUGCUGCUGCCGGGCCUGGCGGUGGUGUGCAGUGAUUGGCCAGUGCUGCAGGCCGUGGCCACCGUGCCCCUGCUCCUCAUCAUCUCCUACUGGUGCUGUUCGUCAGUGUUUCCAGAGUCUCCGCGUUGGCUUCUGGCCACAGGUCAGAUCCCUCAGGCCAAAAAGGCUCUUCAGACCUUCUGUGGGCGGAACGGGGCCUGCCUCAAUGUGGAGCUCUUCCCAGCCGAGACGCUGCUCUCAGAGAUUGACUCUGUUUAUGGAGAUGAGACUGAGACGGAGUACCACAGUAUACUGGAGCUGCGGCACACCAGAGUCAUCUGGAGGAAUGGCCUCAUCCUGGGCCUUACACUCUUCAUUGGGACUGGAAUCCAGUACUGCUUCACGCGUAACCUGCACGGCUACUCCUCGCACUUCUACUUCAGCUAUUUCCUGCGCGUCCUGACGGGGGCACUGGCGUGCGUCUUCCUCUGCCUGACCGUGGACCGCUUCGGUCGCCGCGGCAUCCUGCUGCUCGUUGCCAUAGGGACAGGGCUGUCAUCGCUGCUGCUGCUGGCGCUCACUCAGUACCUGCGAGGUGGAUUGGUCUUGGUGUUGUCUAUCAUAGGCCUGCUGUCGUCUCAGGCCUUGGCCAUGCUCAGCGUGUUCUUCGCCAGUGAAGUGAUGCCCACCGUAGUACGUGGCGGCUCUCUGGGCCUGGUGAUGUCUGCGGGCUGCGUGGGCAUGGCGGCCUCCUCGCUGAUGGAGCUGCAGAACAACGGCGGCUACUUCCUGCACCACGUGGUCUUCGCCUCCUUCGCCGUGCUCUCCAUCCUCUGCAUCAUGCUGCUGCCCGAGAGCAAGCGCAAGCCGCUGCCCGACUCGCUGGCGGACGGCGAGUGCCAGCGCCGCCCGCCGCUCUUCCUGGCGCGCGGGCCCGACCGCGACAGCCUGCCGCUGCUGCGCACCACCCGCGCGCCCGCCUCCGAGUACAACCCGGACAACUACGCCCGGCUGAUGAGCGCCACCAAGAAGAUGCUGGCCAAGGACACGCUGCCCUUCAAGAUACCCGCCACCAACGGCACGACUGUGCAUCAGGCGACGCCACUGCUGAGGGGGCAAGCCAGUAACGGGGUGGUACCGGGCAGGACUCAGGGGGGUGGCAGGGCGGUGGAGAAUGGGAGCUUGCAUUAUGACGGUUCGUCCUCCUAGCGUGUUUUGACUGUGCAUGACUCUUCAAAAACGAACACACACACACCUGCCAAGACAUUCUCCUCAUGGGGAAUGAACUGUGGUGUAACAAUAUGACUGCUGCAGUUGCAUCGACACAUAACUCCGUUGCAAGCAACGAGUAGGCGGACAUGCGUGAAACUGGAUAUAUAUAUAUUUUUGUAUGAUUUUGUGACUUUUUGUGUAAUUAUAUUUAAAUUUGUUUUUCAGACUAUAAGGACUGAUACGUCACUGUUUGGUAUAGCCGGAAAGCUGUAUGUCAUUUUCUCAUGUGUUCUCAUAUGCCGUGGAGAAAUACUUUCUCUCUGACUAAUACCUCUCUGCUGGUCCAUUCGUCUAUCCUGCACACAAGGCACUCUGUUUCUCCUUCUCUCCUCUCCUCCCCUCUCCUCAUGUUCCCUUCCUUCCUCUGAGCCUGUUGCAGAACUAUUCAGGGUUUUUCAGCCUCCACCACCACGGUCACUUGAGUCCAAUUCCUUGUCCAUUUAUUACGACCGCAAAAUCUCAUGCUUCCCAUUAAGAUGGCGAGUCUUGUGACCCGGGGUGGGCAGGCGUGUGCAUGUGCUGCUUGCUCCCUGAUCUAAUAUCUCCACCUCCUCGUCUGUCUCCACUGGCUUGCCUCUGCCUGCUGAAGGGUGCUCUCUCUCCCUCCUCAUCCACUCACAGACACACUUCAACCCUUCAAGAUGGGUUGGGGUUGGGUGGAAGAAGUCACAGGGCAAAAAGCACUCAAUGACGCAUGGAUUGGUCAGCUGGACGUGACUGGGAAAAAAGUGCCAUGGGGUUCCGCAUCAGCCUUUCUUAAUGUUUUCUGAAUGUUGUCUUUGAUUCGUUAUUUCUUGUCAAGUGAUUGAACAUGACAUGACUGUGACAAGCAGUUUCGUGUGUGUGAGAGGCUGCUCCUUUUUGGGCCUUUUUGAUUAAGUGAAACAUUAGUUUGGAGCCAGACCCACAGAUAAGUUUCCCAAGCGCUUCAUCAGUCCUUAAGAUGUAUGUAUUAUAGAUCAGCUGAAGGGGAAUGUGUUUGGCCAAAAACAACAAUAAUACCAAAGUAGCCUGUAUGCCUGGUAUCGGAAUAACCUACUGUGAAAGGCAUGCAGUCUAGUAGUAAAUAGUCUAUCAUUUUUAUACUUUACUGUUUUAUAAGUGCAUUUUCUUGCAUACGUUAUACAUACCCACAUAAGAUGUGUAGGGUCCGAAACUAUUUCACAACUGUGAAAGCUGAUGCUGGCGAUAGCAAGGAUAAUAUUACAAAUAGCAAUAAUUAUGUCAACACUCAGGUGUCCUACAAAAUGUUCAAUGUAUUGUUUGUGAAAAGCCAUCAUAUUUGACCCUCAUCCGCUUUUAUUUCUUUCAGUUUUAUUUUUUUAUACCCUCUAUAAAAGAUUUCUUCACGUU